AUGACAAUUUUAAAUUCUUUUAAAUACUUGGAUUUAAAAGUGAUAAAUUAUAAAAAAAUAAUAAAAAGUGAAGAGGAAUGCUGUAAAUAUAAUAAUGGUCAUAUAAAUGAUACUGCACAUUACUCACCCAUAGGAAACAAUAAUACAGUAUCAUUAUCAAACAGACUGAGCAUCACUACAUUUUUACACCAAAAUUUUGGUGGAGGUGGCUAUUAUUUAAUUAAGGGAAUAAACCCCAACAGUUCUAUCACCAGUCAUAAUAACCACAACAACAAUAGUAACAAUAAUUUACCAAAUAUUCACGCCGCAUCUUCUAUCUCUACAAAUAAUAUCACACCAACCAUAAACACUUUACACAAAAAAAUUUGA